AAUCAUUUCCCGUAAAAAUUAAUAGGAAAUUAAUAAAUUGUUAAUGAUUAAGAUAAAAAAUUUAAUUAAAGGAAAUAAGCAAGUCGAGCAUUUCCUUCUGGCUUGAAGGGAAUAACUGAUUAUUCAUCGCCUUCACUUUUUAAUAAACUGAAUUUACUUUCAUUGACUUGCCAUUUAACCUUCCUUUAGAAGAAUAAGGGACACAUUACGAGUAUUUUUUUAUAGCUAUUCUUUUAUGCCCUUUGGUAAAAUAAAUAACACUAUGCUCCAUUUAUUUUAAUUUAUUUUUUUAUUUUUAGGCCCAUGGCCUCUUAGUAUGUCAACAAACUAGAUUAUUUCACAUAAUUUACUAUUUUCUUAAUUCUAUUUGUGCUCAUCAUCUUCCAAGCUGAUUUUUCUUCGUCUUGUUUCAUUAAAACUGUUAACUGGUUGUAACAUUGUUUAUACUUUCUUUAUAAUCCAAUUUUAUUUUUUCUUCUCUCUCUCUCUCUCUCUCUCUCUCUCUCUCUCUCUCUUCCUGCUUUUUUUCUUUAUCUUUCGUGUUGGAAGAAAAUACGUUUAAUUAAAUGCUUCCGUUACUUCCUGAACUCGGAAAAGUACUAAAACAGGAAACUUAGAAAGUAUUUAGCACAGAGAUAAGCCUACUAUUCUCGCUUUCUCUUGUUCAGUAUAGAACGAUAUAAGUUUACAAAAAAAUGGCAAACAGAUGUCACUAUUACCUUUAGAAAAAAGAGAGGUGAAGAGGAUGAAAGAGAACAAUGAAUUAUCACACCCUCUGUUCUCUAUCAAGCUCUUUAGUUUUUGUUUACUAAACAUUUGACUUUUUUACUAUCCAAAGUAUUAAUGAAAUAGAAUAAAUAAGAUUAAUUUACUCUAAGAUUGAACUUUUGUUAUUUAUCGAACAUGAAGGAAAUGACAUUUAGUCAUAUUAAUAAUGGUUUACUCUUUAUCUUUUCUCUUACUACAGGAGCUUCUUGCACAAAUUUUCCUUAUCAGACCUACAUAAAAAUCCCGUUAAAUCUGAAGAAUUAACAAGGGAAAGCGCUUCAAAAGCCAAAAUAUGUCGAGAAUAUGCUAAAGGUGCAAGCGAAAUAUGUGGCCAGAAUUUUAUAAAUUUUGUUGGUAUUGACACACCGGUGGAGAAAUUAGUCAGAGACGGUUAUAAAGUAGAUUAUGAAGAGGAAAUAAUAACUUGCGGAACAAAUUACGCCAGUCCAGAGCUGUUUGUAUUGAACAAAAGAAAUCUAAGAAUUAAGGAAGUUCCACAAGGAAAGCAAUUGCCAAGUGGUAAAAUAUUUUGUCUUGAAACUCCCGAGAGGAAGUUUACAAGAUCAAUGGUGGUGACCGAUAAAGGGACACCAAAAAAUCAGCCGGCUGUAUAUGUAGCUGGUAGAAUGUUGGAGAUUGAGGCUUUUAAAUUUUACAACCGUCUUUGGCGUUACCAGUUUGACGUAACUGAAGAAAGGAUAUCUAAGCUUGGCUCUAAUGUGGGUAAUGAAAAUCUGUUUCAGCCUUCCAGUAAGUAAUGAGAUACCAUAUGUUGACAAAUGGCGCCAUCUAUCGGACUUUAAAACAACAUUGUUUUUCUCCUUCAGGUCAUACAACAGUAAUAAAGAUGGUUGAAGUUAAAGACCAAGAUUAUUUACUCUAUUUUUUUAAUGAAUUAGCAUUAGAAUAUACGCCACCAAAAUCCGAACCAAGUCAAUUGGUAGCUCGUGUUGCUCGAGUUUGUAAGAAAGAUUCCAGUUUAGGUGGAUGGUCAAGUCUUGUAAAAGUACAACUAGUUUGUCAAAGCGAUGAAAAAUUCUCUCCGGACCAAACUGUCAUCUAUAAUAAACUAAUAGCACUAACAAUAAGCGAAGAUGGUGAGAGAUUUUAUGGAAUUUUUAAGAACAAUGGAAAGAAAUCCUCACAAACUGGCGUUUGCUCUUACUCUUUAUCUGAAAUCAACAACGCCCUUAAUGUUGAUACAUUUUACGAAAAAAGAACAGAGAAUUCAUUAUCUUUUCUUAUUCCUUCUUCUGUUCCUAAAGAUAUUCCUUACAAACCAGGCAUAUGUAGACCUUCAUCAAAAUCCAUUGUCGAUGAGGAAAGAGUUCGUAAAUAUUUGUCAAAAACAACAAUAAAGCAUGAUACUCUGAUUAAAACACCUUUUACCUUAUCCAAACCCGGUAUAAUCUGGAAUCAUAUUGCUGUGGAUGAAACUUCAAAUAGAGAUGAAAAGAUCUUUUACCUAACAACAAAUACAAGAGGAAUAUCCAAAAUUGCGCUAAAGGUCAAUGGUUCUGUUGAUGAUAUAAGCGAAAUCUAUCCCUUCGACUCAUCCCUUGAAGAAGAUUUCUAUAACACUUUUGAAUUGCACGGAAAUUCAAUUUAUUUUACCACAGACGCGCAUGUCGGUAAAUUAAGUUUAAAAGAGCUUUGUGCAAGCUACUCCACUUGUACAAGUUGUUUAUCUGAUCCUGACUGCUCAUGGGAUUCGAUAAAGAAUACUUGUAAAUACCCUGGCGGCUCACUUUCAGCCCCUGUUCACGUACAAUGUUCAAAUGGAAUGAUGCAAAAAGAUUUGUCCAAAGCUAGAAGUAUUCAAGCUAUUAAAUUAUCAUCUAAUGCAUGCAUAAAGGAGAAUAAAGAUAUACUUAGUAGAAAAAAAUAUGUUAGAGGAACUAAUACAGAUAUUUUAAUGUCCUGCGAAUCCUACUGCAACGUGGUAGACGAUAAAGUUCGCUGGUUUAAGAAUGGAGAAGAGCUAACGUUUAACGAUAAAAAAUAUACAAUUAAUAAAGAAUUUUCUCUGAUUGUUUGGAAUGUGACCUCUGCGGAAAAGGGUCUUUUUACUUGUGUAACAGGGAAUCUCAAUAUAGUUCUCUCAAUCUGGGAAGUCAUUACUGCAGAUUGUAAUCCAAAUGAUGCCGAAUGUAUUUGGAGGGAUGAAUUUAAUAAAUGGUGUCAGAAGUUUGAUGAAUAUACACUGGCAUUCAAUAUAUGGAAGUGUAUGGAAAAUUCCUGCCAAAACUCAGAUGCGGACACUUGUUAUUCAAAAGAAGCGAGAGUUGUUUGUGAAGAAAAACACAGAAAAUAUACAGAUGUUUCAAACAAUAGGUAACAAGACUGAGUAUAUGUAUAUAUGCAUAUACUGUAUAUUCUGUAUUUUGUAUAUAUACUAAUAAGAAAAAGAAUAAGCGUGCUUCCUUUUUUGUUACAAUAACGUGUUUCGUAGCUGUGAUAAAAAAAAACUGCUUUAUUUACAAAUAAAUAUCACUGUCCUUAAUAAUUAAAAUAUAAUAAAUACAAUAUAUAGUACGUAUUUACUUAAUCAACAUAUGGGAAAUUUCCGAAUAAAAUAUUU